GCGGCUACAGAUAAAGAAGUUGCAUACACUGAGUUCACGGUGCCGCCGCAGAAGCCCCCCAGGCUUGGAGCGCAGUCUCUUCAACCGACGCCGACUGCCAACAUCGACCGCACGGAUGACAACGUCUAUCGGAGUGUGAUGGACCUGGUGAAAUCUGUCCUACAAUUAAAGAACGACAUCUACCAGAUCCCACCCGAGGAAUACGUUGGUGUGGUCAAGAAUGUCGGGCUCGUGCUGCGGAAGCUCAUAGGCAGUGUGGAUGAGAUUCUACCAUCUCUGCCGCAGUCUUCACGCACCGAGAUCGAAGGAACGCAGAAGCUGCUCAGCAAAGACUUGGCGGACCUGAUCAGCAAGAUGCGUUUGGCGCAGCAGAACUCGGUGACGUCGCUGAGCGACGAGUGUAAGAAGCAGAUGCUGACGGCUUCGCACGCGCUGGCAGUGGAUGCCAAAAAUUUACUGGACUCGGUGGACCAGGCUCGUGUAAGAGCCAACCUCGCCAAGGUGGCAACGGAGUGA